AUGAGCAGUUUAAUAAAUGAUUCAAUUGAACGACCUUCAAUAAGUCAACAAACUAAUAAUAUAUAUGAUAGUUGUAUGGCUAUUAUACCUAUGAAUGUUUCAAAUAGUUGUGCUAGUUCUGGAAUUUGUACAAAUUCAAUACAAGCAUCAGAAUAUAAUUCUAAUGAAAAAAUUAAUUAUAUUGAUAGAUCAGGAAAAGGUUCAUUAGUAACAACACCAUCAGAUGAAGAUAAAAGAAUUGUUUCAAAUAAAACAUCAUUAGAGUCAGGAAGUAAUCCUUCACCAUCAAAUACAUCAUUCUCUAAACAAAAACCUAUUUCAUUUUUUAAAUUAAAUAAUUCAAAAUUUAGUUUAUCAAGUAAUAAAGUACAAAUAUUACAAAAUUCUAAUACAUCAUUAUCAUUUGGACAAAAACUUAUUAGUGUAUAUACAUUAACAAAAGAAAAUAUUUUAAUUGUUGUAGAUCCAAAAUGUAUAGUUUGGGAUGUAUAUUAUAGUUGUUGUCAAUAUUUAAAAAUAGAUGAUGAUUCAUUAUUAGGAUUAUCAAUUAGAACACCAAGUGAAGGAAUGAGUAAUGAUGAUAAACCACGUCAUGAAUAUUAUUUUUUAAAUCCUGAUCAAAAAAUAUCAAAAUAUAUGCCAAAAUCAUCCAAAUUUAGUAUGCCAUCAAAACGUGAAAAGCAAAGACCAGUUUUACUUCUUUAUUUACGUAUUAGAGUUUAUAUAGAACGAAUAGAUUUAUUGACAUGUGAUGUUUCAUUACAACAUUAUUAUUUACAAUUAAAAGAAAAUUUUCUUGAACAUUGGAAUAGUCAGGCAAUAGCUAAUGAAGAAAGAUGUUGGCAGAUGGCUGUUUUAUCAAUGGAAGCUGAUAAAAUAUCUUUAGAUGAUAGUACAUUUCGUGUAGAAAAAUAUUUUCCAUUAUGGGUAAUUAAUUUUAGAGGUAUUGAUUUUAUCAAAAAAAAUAUUGUUCAAUUAUUGGAAGAAUAUAAAAAAAUGACAUCAAAAGAAUCUAUGAUUGCUUUUUGUCAGGAAGCCUCCAGAUCACCAUUUGCAUUAAAUUGCCAUUUAUAUGGUGUUAGAAGACAUAAAGCUGAUGUACUUGAUAAUACUAUGAUUGGAAUAUGUGAUAAAGGUAUAGAAAUAUGGGAUGUUAAUUCAAAUUCUGAACGUAUACCAUUAAGAAUGAUUAAAUGGAAUAAAAUGGUAAAACUUUGUUUUGAAAAGAAAAAAAUACUUAUUUCUGUAAAUGAUGGUUAUGAAGUUGUAAUGUUUGCAAAAGAUGAAUUUAAAGCAAGAUAUUUAUUAAGUUUUUGUAAAGAAUUUCACCAACAAGUUAUACAUAUAAAUUUACAAAUAUCUAAUUUAGGACGACACACGUUUGUAUCAAAGUCUACACCAUAUUACAAUAAUGAUAUUUUUGUAUCUACUUCACGAGCAUCAUCUUCAAUAACUAAUCGUAGUUCAAUUGCUGAAUCAACACAAAGUACCUCUGGUGUUGGUUCAGAUCAACAAGAAAAUUCAUCACCUGAAAUACCUAAAAAAAUUGAGUGUAAAAAGAAGACAUCUCAUGAUGAUAUGUCAAUUGAAAGUAUCUCUUCAUCUACAAUGUCACAUGAAAUUGAAAAACCUAUUAUAUCAAAAAGUAGUGAAUCAAAUACUGAAGCUUCAGGUACACUUGAAGCGACAUCAAAUUCAUCAUCUGAUCUGACAACAUUUUCACAUUUUAAAGUGAAUAAAAAGAUUAAAGAGAUGAAUGAACUUAAUCAAAUGUUUACCAAUAUCAGUAUUGAGAAUAAAUCACAGAAUCAGGUAACACAUGUAGAGGAUAAAGUAUUAAAUCAAAAUGUAAUUCAAAAUAAUAUAAAUGGUAUUGAAAAAAUUGUUGAACAGGUUAAAUUUAAUAAUGAGGUAAAAAAUUUAAGAGAAACAUUAGAUUUAAAUAUGGAAAUUGAUAGAAAAAUUAAAAGUCAAAAAAAUAAAGAUAUAGAAUUAAAUGAGGAAAUGUCAACUGGUUCACCUGACAAUAGAGGAGUAAUAAAUUCUAAUAAUUUUGUUAAAAUAAAUCAUUCAAAUUUACAUCCAACACAAUUAACAAAAAAUAGUGUAAAAAAUCUUCAAGUUAGUCCUAUUUUGGAGGGACGAAAACAGUUAAUAAAAUCAGGACUCUUAAAUUCAUCACCUAAUCAAAAACAAAGACGUUACACAAGUAAAUCUCCUUCAGGAGGUAAUAUUAAUCGUGUUCAGUCAAUGCCAACACAUACCUGUCAUUAUGUAAAACAUCAUCCAAAUCUUCAACAUCAACCAAAUUCGGCGGAUAAUGCUCCAAAAAUUACAUUUUAUGAUUUUUUCGAUAAUUCAAUGCCACGACCAAUACAAACAUCGUUUGUUAAAUCAAACAUAGAUAAUACUCAAUCAUCAUUGUCUUAUGAAUAUGGACAUCAAAGGGGAAUUAAUAAUCAGAUAAAUGGAAAAAUGUUAUCAACAAAUACACCACUUUUAAAUGAAAUAGGUAUUAAAUCUACACAAUUUAAAGAAUUUCCAAUGAUGCGAGCAUUAUUGCAAGAAAAUAAUGAAUUUCCAUUAAAUUCUGCCUCCUCUAGUCCAUCUGCUACAUUACUAUCAAAUACCUCUUUUUAUGAAGGUGAAAUAGAAAAUAAUAGAAAAAUAGAAUUUACCCAAAAUAGAAUGCCAUAUAAAUCAAAUGUUGUAAGUUCACUAGCAACACAACAUAACGAGUAUCAGUAUGAACAAAUUGAUUGUCUUUGUAAUCACUGUCAUUAUCCAAGUCCAAUUAUUCAUACAAAUAAAGGAAAUUGUUAUGAUAUUAAUAGAAAACAAUGUAUUACCCAACCAUAUCAACCAUCAAAUAUACAAGAAACUGAAACAUUUACUCAUUUUAAUCCAUCAGAUUUUGGUAUAAAUGAUACAAAUGUUGGUUCACCGGCAUUACAUUCUUCAAAUUUUAGAUCUAUGUACAAAUAUCGCCCAAACCAAAAUUAUUCGGUUUUUUCUCUCUAUAACAAUGAUUCAAAUUUUCAAUCACCAAGAACAUCCUCCAAAUAUACAAAGACAAUAAUGAACACCUCUUCAAAUGUACACCAACAAAUUUUUACAAAUUCCCAAAAUGGUUCUUCAUUGAAUCAAGAUGUUGUUGAUUUACCACCACCUCCACCAUACAUUAACAAAAUUAAUGAAUAA